CGAUAUAGGCUUAAUCGACCGGACGUGAAAUAUCUGGUAUGUCUGCGGAACUUUAUAUCCCAUGAUUCCUUUUUCCGUCUUCCUCUUUCCCUUUAGCAGCAAUGUCUAAGAGAGGACGUGGUGGGUCAUCUGGGGCGAAGUUUCGCAUCUCGCUGGGUCUCCCAGUGGGCGCGGUCAUAAACUGCGCUGACAACACAGGUGCUAAGAACCUGUACAUCAUCUCUGUCAAGGGCAUCAAGGGGCGUCUGAACCGUCUUCCUGCUGCUGGUGUGGGUGACAUGGUCAUGGCCACUGUCAAGAAAGGCAAACCAGAACUCAGAAAAAAGGUGCAUCCUGCGGUUGUGAUACGGCAGCGGAAGUCGUAUCGGCGAAAGGAUGGCGUGUUUCUCUACUUUGAAGACAAUGCGGGGGUCAUAGUGAAUGUCAAAGGAGAAAUGAAAGGUUCGGCCAUCACAGGUCCGGUGGCCAAGGAAUGUGCAGACCUGUGGCCCAGGAUUGCUUCAAAUGCUGGCAGCAUAGCGUGAUCCUUGAUCCUGGCUUGUUGUUUUCAAUAAAAACCGUUGUAAAGUCA